UACUGAACUGUUACUAUCAAAAUUUGGCUUAUCUAAAACAUGUAUACACCUCCUCUAUCACACAUUUCACACUCCAAUUUAGAAGAAAAUUCAACAGAGAGACGAUUCAAUUUGCAGAGAUGAACGGCGCUAUGAAUAUGCACGGAGAUAUGGCGCCCCCGGUACCACAUGCCGCCGUGAACAACCACAACAUGAUGAUGCACAUGACGUUUUUCUGGGGAAAAAACGCUGAAAUUCUCUUCUCCGGUUGGCCGGGAUACGACAACAUCGGUAUGUACGUUUUCGCACUUAUCGUCGUUUUUCUACUUGCUUUCUUCGUCGAGUUGCUAUCGCACUCAAAUUACAUCAAAGAGAGUGCAAAUCAUGUGACGGCCGGGUUGAUUCAAACGGCGUUGUACGGAGUUAGAAUUGGUUUGGCUUAUCUGGUUAUGCUUUCUGUUAUGUCCUUCAAUGGCGGAAUUUUUCUGGCGGCGAUUUCCGGUCAUACGUUAGGGUUUUUGGUUUUCGGGAGUAGAGUUUUUAAGAAAUCGCCGUUGACGGCUUAUGCUAAAGCCUCCGAUCUUCCUUCUAUGCCUUGUAAUUGUUAAUGAAAAUUGAAAGCUUUAAAAUCGAAUUGUAAUGAUUAUUCAAAAUAAAAAAAAUGUUAAUUGAAUUAUAGAUAUCGAAACCUCAACUCAAUUAUCGAGGAAUAAUUAUACAAAAAUGGAGAUGAAUUGAAAUAAUGUUCGAUUUUGUU